CCUGGUCUGCUGGCUGGUGACCCUACACAUAGCAGGGGGUUGGAACUGGAUGAGCAUUGUGGUUGUUCUGGCUCUCCUCUUUCAGCAAUGCCUGCAUUGCAAGUAAACCCCUGAAUCACUGAAAAGCCUGUGUGUUCUUUUUAUUUUUAAGCCUCUCAGAAGUCUCUAGAAGUAAAACCUGAGAGUGGCACACAACUCUUUGCUUUGGUGAGAUGCAGGGUGUUAGCUGAGCAAACAUGCCUUCAGGCCGUGUGGAUGGGAGGUGUGGAAUCAGUGAAGGCAUCUCCAGCCAUUUUGCUCUCAGAUGUCUUAAGGUUUGAGCCUCCUUAUCUGUGCUGGGGUUUGUAGACCUAGAAUCACUGCAUGUGCUUCAUUUCCUUAGGCAGCAAAGCUAAAAAAUUCGCAAGGAAGUAGAUUAAAAAUAAUAAUCCAACCUGCUGGAAGAAUACAGCAAUGAUAGUAAGUUAGAACAGCUGCUCUGUCCUCUGGGGGAGCCUUGGCUCCUUUCUUUGCAGUAGUCUGGCAUUUAGUUUGGAAGUGUGCCUGAUGGUGACUGAUAGAUCUCACAGCAGAGCAUGGAAUCCCUGAUUGCCAGCUUUCUGAGCACCUGACACCCUGCUGCAUGAGGCCUUGUGCACCUUGGGGAGCUGUGUACUUAACUACAGAGGUGAUGGCAGCUGCCCUGUUGGUCUUCCAGCAUCUUGUGCUGAGUGCUCAUGGCGUGUCCAAAGGACAGAUCUCCUGUGUGAUCUGAAUGUACCAGGUCGUCCUCAUGAGUACUCCAGUGGAGGAUGUCCAUGAUCUUCUUUGCCUGUGUGGUGCGGGUGAGAGACGGUCUUCCCCUCUCAGCCUCCACAGACUUUCAUUUCAACCAGGACUUUUUGGAAUGCAGAAAGAAAUUGAAGGCAUUGUCCUCAGUUCUGGCACGGUAUCCAAGUCGAGGCACAGCAAAAGGACGUGACCUGAGCAUACAUUUCCUGUCUUCUGGGGAGAUUGCCUGCAUGGCCAUCUGUUCCAGCAGUUACUCGACCAUCAUGGCAUUUUGCUUCCUGGAAGAGCUUCAAUGGGAAUUUGCUGCCUCCUAUGACACAACAAGCAUCAGUUUAGCUUCCAGACCGUAUGCUUUUCUUGAAUUUGAUAAUGCCAUUCAGAAAGUAAAACACCGCUUUAAUUACAUGAGUGGCUCUGCAAUGAAGGUCAGCUGGGAGAAGGUGGAGGGGGAGCUGAGGUUGCAGCCCCCUGUUCAGCUGAAGCUGGAGGAUGCAGAGCUGAUGAAUGGGAUGGCUAAUGGUGGGCAUGCAGGAGUGCAUGUGGAGGUUGCCCCUGCUUACAGAAUGGAGCGUGUGACCCCCCUGGGCAUUCUGUCACUUGUUCUGAACAUCAUGUGUGCAGCUCUGAAUCUCAUCCGAGGAGUUCACCUAGCAGAGCAUUCCUUUCAGGAGGACUAUGAAGGAAUUGGAAAUGUGGUAGCAUUUUUUCUACCUUUUCUAGCCUGUGUUUUUCAGUGUUAUUUGUACCUCUUCUACAGCUCCACGAGGAAGGUGAAGACGUUUGUACUCCUUUUCUCUGUUUGCUUAUGCAAUAUUUACUUGUAUGGAUUACGGAAUCUCUGGCAAAUAGCCUUUCACAUAGGAGUGGCAUCUCUUUCCUCCUACCAGAUACUGACCAGGCAACUUAUGGAGAAACAACCUGACUGUGGAGUAUGAAAAAGACUUUGGGUUUGCAAUGCUCUUUUUACAAUUUUUUUUUUUUUUAAUUAAAAUGGCCAAAAAUAGCUUGGAGUAUUUUUAAAUAUUUGUGACAAUGGUUACUGCAAGGAGGAUGUUCCAAAACAACAUGAAAUACAGUAGUAUACUAUCAUAAUGUCAUUCACACAGUGAAGAAUUCAGCUGUGUUCCACAUGAUGUGUGGUAAUUGUGCAUGGUAGAUUUUGUCGGGUGUCAUCAACGGGUCGAGGUUCUCCUUACCAUAAACAGGCUCUUACUCCUUGACUAACACCAUCCAGACAGCAUUUUGCCAUCUGUCUCGCUGGCUUUGUGACAGUUUGGCAGCCCAAUGUCUUGGCCUGCCGAUGCUUCUGAAAAUAUUAAAAACAUUACAGUAAAGUGAAGGUAAAGUGGUGGGUAAGAUUUUUGUCUCUAGAAUUUAUUAAACGUUAAGAUUCUUGGUAAAUGUAAGGAAAGGAGUAGUUUGCCAUAGUUAGGUGAGUUCUUUAUCGAUGGGAAAAAGUGUUAGGAUGAGAUUCAGGGUAUCUUUUUCCUGGGUUUUGAAGGAAAGGAAAAGACUGGCUUCUUUAAAAACCCUAGAGGCUAUAAAUAUCUCCUGGCUAAACAGCACGCUGUCAUUAACUGUGUACUUAUUGUUUAAUCCCAAAUAUGCUUAGGGCAGCAUAAAAUGAACCACGCAAACACAAGUGACCUUUCAGCUCAGGUGGCCUUUAUUUCCUUGGUUAAGGUCACUCUCACUGUAAGGGCAAUUCCAUGUUUGCUUGGUCUGUACAGAUAACAAACCUUCCAAGCCUCCUUAUGACAGACCUUCACCUUUAGAACAAAGUAUAGCUGUUCAGUUGAAAGCCAUCUCCAGGAACGGAGAACAAGAGCAGGUUCUCUUUUUUUAAUCUGAAACACCUUUAGUUAAUGGUGUUGUUACACUAAGAUGAAUUUAUGAGCGUGGAAGUUUGGAUAUAGUACUUAGGAGCUGAGUUUCUUCACUUCUGCUGCACUGGGUGUUCCUAUAUGUGAUCAGAAUCACGGAAUGUGAUACGGUUUGGCACAUAUAUGAACAUAGCAAAGCAUAACAUAUAUGAACAAAGCAUAGCAUUUUGAUGCUGCUGUCCCUGAAGGAUUGAAGACUCAAACUGAAAAGAUACAGGGAACUGUAAGUGUGUUAUUGUUCAACUGUGGGCAUAGCUUUUUUUUUAUUGUUGUUUUUUCUUAUAAGCCUAUUUCCUGGUGACCCCAUUUCCAUUUUCACCAAAGAUAUCUUUUCUUCUCUCAUAAUCUCUACCUCUGGUGGUUUCAGGGAGAUUAGCACCAUGCACAGCUGUCUUCCUGAGUUUGCAGGAACGCAUGUCAGAAUCACUUUCUCGCACAUCUGUGAAUUUCCCUGGAAUCUCAUCAUGCCAGCAUUGCUAGCAUCAGUGGAUUGCUAGACCAGAAUUGUGCAGCACCUUGGAAGCACUUCUUUGUUGUUUCUGACUAUAGCCUGCAGUCCAUUAUAACCUGAAUGGUUUCUGAGACAUCAUGGUAGCAAAGUUUUUCAGAAGUAAAAUAGAAGCAUUUCUCUUCCAUUUCAUGCUAGCCAAUUACUGUCACAAUAAAUAGUGAGUGCUUUAAAGUGCUCGGAAAGUAUGUAGUAGAAAUGAUGGAGGAAGAUUUUAGCCAGCCAGUUAGGAACACUGCUAAGGCCAUGUGCUGGAAGGGGGUGGGUUAACAUUGGUUCUCUGUUGUAUGAUCUGGCAGAAAACAGGAGCUAAGUGGAAGAUGAAACCAGCAUUGAGCCAUUGUCCUUUUGGCACAUGGGGGUCUCCACGGAUAUGGAGGUUUUAGAGCUGUCAAGCUUUAGGUUUCCAUGCUGGUCAGUCCCAGUUUUACUUGGUGAGGUGCUCUUUCAGUGUAAUUGGAGGCUGCAGGGAGCUAAGAAAUACAGCUGGAUUACAACUAAUUCAAGUAAUUAUAAAGCAAACCAACAAAAAACCCAACCAGCCCAACCCUUGAUCUCCCACUCUCCACACUGUCCCCAAAAAGCUUAAAGGCAUGUAAAAAAAAAAAAAAAAAAAAUCUCUACUAGGAAUGAAUGCUUUGCUAACCCAAUCUGGUGGGGACAGCUGCACCCAUGGGAGGGGAUUGGAACUGGAUGGGCUGUACAGUUUCUUCUAACCCUAGCUAUGCUGUGAGUCUAAGGAAGAUAGUGGAUCUGACACGUUUUUGGUUGGCUAGGAUGUGAACUGGCUAUCAGCCUACUGGCUAUCCGUGGGGAAAGAAUAAAGCACUUCCUCAGUGACAUCCUCAAACUCCCAUUUUCUCCCCUUUUCACCUCCAGUCAGGCUUGAGUAUCCAAAAGAGCCCUACUGGUUCUCCGUAGGCUUCAGUAAAGCUGGUUUGCUAUCACAUAAGGCAUGCAGAUCACAGCCAGGGCACGGGGCCAGGGAACCAUUAUCUUCUUUGUGUUCCACAUCCCUGUAUUUAGCUGAUGGGAAGAAAGUGUAAUGUUCCUGAUGGCUCCUGAGCAUCUGUUUGCUUUAUCAUAAAACAAAUGCAUCCCUGCGCCAGGUGAUGUGAGCAGUAGCUCACUUCAGUGAGAAAGCUAGAACAAGGUGUUAAGACAGCUCUUGUAAUUAACGUAAUUAGAGUUGAUAGAGAUUAAACUCAGCCUUCCCUUCAUCUUUUCUUCCUGAGAAUGCUUUGUCAAAUAAAAUCAGUUGGUGCAAUUCUACCUUCAUGGAAAUGCUUUUGUGGAAUGGAUGGAGGAUGUGACUGGGUUUCUUCUGAGCAGACAAAGCUCUGGUUUGCUGUGAGGCUUAAUCUCUUUACAACCUUUUAAUUUUUCCUCGUUAAGCCAUGUUAAAGAAUCUGUGUGCAUUCACGUGAGCAUCAUAUCUGUGCACUUGGUAGGUGUGGGUUUUGAUUUGGGUACAAGGAAAAGCAAACAUUUGACCCAAUUUUUGUUUUGUGUUGUUAUUUAGAACAGCUUCUGUAUCCACAUGGCAUUGACACAGUUAAACCUUUUCCUCCAGCCAAACAGCAGGAGGAACAGCAUAGCUUACAUUGAUUUCAGUGCUUUAAGAUUUAAUAAAAAAGAAUGACUUGCAGUUUGAGUACAUAAAAUCUGACUCAUAGCGUGGGAUUAUGGCUGCGUUGAAUCAAAUCCCCAAACAGGAAUCCAUCCCUUUUUGUUCAAGCUGUUGAACGCAGGUUGACUUGUAUCUCCUUAAUGCUGUCAGUUUGUGAGUCCCUGGGAGGUUCUUCUCCUCGCCCAGCAGCACAGCGUGAGAAAAUUGGCACAGAGAAAACUUCAUUAAUGUAAGGAUUUGCAGUGCGUGGUCACUUUAUGAACCCCAUUUUCUGUUCUUUUUUUCUCCUAAAUACCUGUUAAGUUUGUAGAAGGUGGGCUGGUACCUUUUUAGACGUUUUUGCACUGUGUUAAUAAUUGAACCUGUGUAAAUGUGUAUAAAAUCAUUUUGCAUGUGUAUGUAUAUAUGUACAUAUCUAAUA